UAUCACUAAAAAUAAGAAAUAGGAAUUUUUCUACUACAUUACAUCCUUGCAACCUGCUCCACUUUCAGCAUAGACAAACUGUCUUGUGGCCAGCUAGAGGCUUACCCUCACAGGCCGCAUGCCAAAGGUUGCUAACCCCCGUGUUACACUAAUGGCUGACAAGUAAUUUUACGCAUAAUAGAAUAUUCUGUUUGGAGAUAGGAAAUGAACUACAGUAGUUGCAAAUUAAACUUCUUGAUGAGGAUGAGCUGUAUUAGUUUUUUUUAGUGGAGGUGGGAUGUGGGGUACCUAGCAAUAUGAUAAUCAGGCAGCUAAAGGAGAAAGAAAAGUAACUUUUUCAUCUGUUUUUAGGUUCUUGCAUGUAAAAAAUGUUCAGUGGAUCAGAUGCUUAUGUAUUCAAGCAGAAUUUUGUCUCAUAGGUAAUGGAAACAAUAUAAGGCCCAGAGAAAUAUUGGGAAUCCAAUAGUUUGUCAUUUGAAGUUAAAUUGGCCAAAGCGCUGGAGAAUAUGUUGUGUAGGCAGGUCAUAACCCUGCCCUGUCUAGGAGACAAACUUAAUAGAUAUUUUCCAUCCCAAGAAAACUGAUUGGGCUGAUAUACUAGUAGAACACAUCACCCCAUUAGUCUGUGUUCUGACCCCUGCCACUUCAUUCCCCAGUUUCCCAGAGCAGGACGGCAAACUGAAAGAAAUAAGCUAAAAAGCUGUUCAGAGCAUGUUAUUUUCAAAUUGAUAAUACUUUCUUGGUAUGACCAAUUAUAUUUUAUACACAUGUUGGGACAUGCACCUGGUGAAUUCCUCUGAGGUAUCCAGUAUUAAGCCUCUGCCUAUAACAGGGCUUUAGUGUGUUUCAGGUUCAAUUCCGUGUCCAUUUGUACUCUGACUCAGUCAAUGCACUUCAUAAACAUCAUAGCUGUGAUUAAGGCACAGCACUGAUGUUCAACUGGCCUUGAUUCUGAGCUGAAUUUUCAGAGGUACCAGGCAUCCAAAACUCAAGCUGAAGUCUGUGGAUGUUGUGGCUACUCAAUAGUACUGAAAAUCUGGUUCUGUAUUUCUCAGUGUCUCAAUUUCCCCAAAGGUAGGUAGAAUGACACCUUGCAGGAUCAUGGGGAAACUUCAGUCUUUAAUGUUUGUAAAAUUCUUUGAGUUUCAUGGAAGAUGCGGUAUAAGAGGAAAAUAUUGAUUAGAAGCAUGGGAGGCCUUCCAAGAUCCAGCCAAAUGUCUGGUCCCAGCCCUCAGGGUCACAACUGGAACCGGAAGUCAGAGGAUGAGGAGGAUCCCUUUGAUCAAAUGAUCUUGAGCACUGGCUGUGCCACUUUUCAUUACGCAGUCCAGGAGUGCAUGGCUGAAAACCAGGACUGGAGGAAGUGCCAGCUACAGGUGCAGGCCUUCAGGGACUGCAUGAAGGAACAUCAGAAGCAACGAACGGAGGAACUGCAGAAACGGCAAAGGUUGGCCCAGGCCAAAAACUGAUAGAAAAGAAUUGAGCAUGAAGCUUAAGAGAUCCUAGAAUCUAACACAAUCAGCACAUGGAGAAUGUAAAUC